AUGGCUCCUCAUAGUUCUCCUUUCCGUCCUGACACUCCCACUCCUCCUCCUCCUCUCCGCCGAAGCGCACGGCUGCAGAAGAAAGGCCAGAAUCCCAAAGGCCACAGUGCAAGUGUCAAUUCAAGGAGGGAAAUGUCGUCGUCCAUUCCCUUGACGGGCAAUUCUUCUGGAAAACAGUUGGACCGACAAGGUCAAGAUCCUGAGACAUUCGAUUGCGAACCUACUCCGAUCCAAGACGAGGCAUCCCCGAAAGGCAGUGGCCAGCGAAAAGAAGGGAAUACUGUAGCGGAAGCUAUGACAACGUCCCCUUCACCACCCUCCUGCGACGGCGAAGACCAAGACGACUGCGACGCAAUUGCACACUGGGCCAGGACCGGAGUGUGGCCGAAGAACUUCCCGACCAUGGCUCCAGCUUCUCGGGCAUCCGAAAAGAGAAAGCAGGCAACAAGCCAUGCCAAAGCUUCAAGGGCGGACAGCCGUGGGUUUGAACGACUUCUUGAGGAAAAAGGGGUUUUUGUCAAUCUCAGCGAUGGUAUACCGUUCUUGCAUCAGGAGAGUAUCGAUCUAUGCAAGAUGAUGUUGAAGGCCGAUUACCCUGACCCGGUGAAUACGCCUAUCGCAGUCGACAAAUUCUACCACAUGAUGUACCAUUUACGGACCCGCAACGAGAGUCGCGUCGUCCGGGAUGUCACCCCCUUCCUGGUGCCUUCGCCAGAGGCCCUCUUUCUCAAUGGUGACGAGAGUUUGCGAGGCAUAGCAGAAGAGAUAAACGCCGAUUGGGGAAUAUCUGACCCAAUCCCAGGUCCAAAACCGAGACCGCAUCUGGCCAUCGGUCUGGCAGAAACCGCCUUCACUGCCGCAGAGAUUGAGAAGUUACAGUUCCUCACCUCCUGGGAGACACCAACGCGGUUUACGGACGUCAUCUACUUUCCAUUUCUCAUCUGCGAGGUCAAGAAGGGAAACGAAAGAGCAUUGGCCCGCGCUCGACGGCAGGGCACAAAAGCCAGCGCCAUGGCCGUCAGCGCUAUCGUUCAGCUGUACCGCCGGGUCUUGGGGAACGACGAGGCUGAAAAGCUCAGCGGCAAGACCCUGGUCUUCUCGGUUUCUCACACAUACGAUAACGUCAUGAUAUGCGGACACUUUCCUGUCGUCAAAGGAACGGAUACUAAGAUCUAUUGCUAUUCCGUCUUCGGUCUAUCCCUGGAGCAAAGUGCCUUGAACGACCCCCGGAAGCUGACGUAUAACUUUGUACGAAAGAUAUACGACGAUUUCUAUCCAAAGCAUCUUGAAAGGAUCACAGACGUUCUUGGAAAGAUGAAGGCUAUUGAAACGGUGCCGAUUGCAUCUGAUAUCAGUGACGACCUGGAUCAGCCUGAAGAGUCACAGCCUGCGUAUCCGUCGAACCUGUCGAACCCGUCGAACCCGUCGAACCCGUCGAACCCGUCGAACCCUCCGAACGCGUCAAAGGCAAACACUACACCAAAGUUCGAUGGUCCAGCCAGAAAGAGACAAAAGAGAGGACCGGCUGUCGAACAGGGGCAAACUUGGGUAACGAAGGAUGAGUUAGAUCAGUUCAGACAAAUGUUCAAGGGCGGGUUCGAGGAGGUCAAGGGCAGGUUCGAGGAGGUCAAGGGCAGGUUCGAGGAGGUCAAGGGCAGGUUCGAGGAGGUCAAGGGCAGGUUCGAGGAGGUCAAGGAGAUGACGAAGACAACGACGGGCCAGAAGCAGGGCUGA